AUGGAAAUGGUGGAGGGGAAGAUGGAGAUUUCGGAGGAAGAGUGUACGACGCCGAGAAGCAGGAUUCCGGUGGCGUCUGUUUGUCCUCCCCCGCCGAGGAAGAAGUCAAAGGUUGUGAGGAGAGAUCCGCCGAUUAACGGUUAUUUUCAGCCGCCGGAUCUGGAGUCUCUGUUCUACGCACAGCCUCGAAGAGAAGCUGUGUCGAAUCUCGAAUUCCCCAGGGUUUUUUUAUGGGUUGUGUUUCCAUUUCUUGUAGAUCUGAUUCCUCUUAUGGGAGAGACAGAGCCUUUGUUAUCGUUAAGUGAUUGA